AUGUCCAAUCCUCAAGACAUCGCCUCCACCUUCAAGAGAGCCAUGAGCUUCAACGAGAGCGGUUCUCAGAACGCUGUUUCGACCUCUCCCACUCAAUCUUACUUGAGCCAGUACAACACCUUGUCCCACAAGACUUCCAAGGCCUUGAAGCCAUUCUCCACCGGAGAUAUCAAGAUCUUGUUGUUGGAGAACGUCAACGCCACUGCCAUCGACGUCUUCAAGAACCAGGGUUACCAGGUCGAGUUCUACAAGUCCUCUUUGCCUGAGGAGGAGUUGAUCGAGAAGAUCAGAGACGUUCACGCCGUGGGUAUUCGUUCGAAGACCAAGUUGACCGAGAAGAUCUUGAAGCACGCCAAGAACUUGGUUGUUGUUGGAUGUUUCUGUAUCGGUACCAACCAGGUUGACUUGGAGUACGCCGCCAAGUCUGGUAUUGCUGUCUUCAACUCGCCAUUCUCCAACUCCAGAUCCGUGGCUGAGUUGGUCAUUGCUGAAAUCAUCACUUUGGCCAGACAAUUGGGUGAUAGAUCCAUUGAGUUGCACACUGGUACCUGGAACAAGGUCUCGGCCAAGUGUUGGGAGAUCCGUGGUAAGACUUUGGGUAUUGUGGGUUACGGUCACAUUGGUUCCCAAUUGUCUGUGUUGGCUGAGGCUAUGGGUAUGAACGUCAUCUACUACGACGUCACCAUGAUCAUGGCUUUGGGUAACUCCAAGCAAGUCGACACUUUGGACGAGUUGUUGCAAAGAGCUGACUUCGUCACCUUGCACGUUCCUGCCACCGCUGAGACAAAGAACUUGUUGUCCACUCCACAAUUCGCUGCCAUGAAGGAUGGUGCUUACGUCAUCAACGCUUCCAGAGGUACCGUUGUCGACAUCCCUGCUUUGGUUGAGGCCAUGAAGGCCGGCAAGAUUGCUGGUGCUGCCCUCGACGUCUACCCACACGAACCAGCUAAGAACGGUGAGGGUCUUUUCUCCAACGAAUUGAACGGCUUCGCUGAGGAGUUGUGCUCCUUGAGAAACGUCAUCUUGACUCCUCACAUUGGUGGUUCCACUGAGGAGGCUCAAUCUGCCAUCGGUAUCGAGGUCAGUAGCGCCUUGACCAAGUACAUCAACGAGGGUAACUCCAUUGGUGCUGUUAACUUCCCAGAGGUUGCUUUGAGAGACUUGGACUUGGACCAAGCCAACUCUGUCAGAGUGUUGUACAUUCACCAGAACGUUCCAGGUGUCUUGAAGACUGUCAACAACAUUUUGUCGAACCACAACAUUGAGAAACAAUUUACCGACUCUCGUGGUGACGUUGCAUACUUGAUGACCGACAUUUCCGAUGUCGACAUCUCUGACAUCAAGUCUUUGUAUGAGCAGCUAGAACAAACUCCAUACAAAAUUGCCACCCGUUUGUUGUAUUGA